AUGGUCAGUUUAAUCGUGAAGACCGAGUUACCGAAUGCAAAUGUAGAUUUAAACAAUGAUCAAGACGUGAAUCGAUAUUACAAUUACAUUUGUAAUGGAAGUGAUACCGUACAUACAGUUGAGAUUCAAGACGACAUUGUGGAAAAGAUAUUACGUUUAAUUCCAUACUAUUUGAGAGAUAGAUUUAAUUACUUCACGGAAAGUUUACUGAUCGAGAUCAAGGAUACGUACACGAGAAAUAUCAAGAAAGCGAUAUUGGAAUAUGCACUUCAAGAUUCUCAGGAAGAAAGUAAUAAAAGAUGGCUUAAAGUAAAAUAUAUUCAGCCUGGAUUAAAGAUCAAAGUCCGAGAAUGCCAGAAAUUUCUGCAGGACAACUUGCACCUCAUAAACCCAUGCAUGAGAAUGACGUUGGAUCUUUGGGUUCGCGAUUUCGGUGAUUUCCGAUUGAUCGAUUUAAAGAAAAUUGCACAACAUCCAGACAGCUGGGACGUGCUGGAAUUUCACGAAAUGAUCAAUAAGCAAAUAGUCAAAGGACGGAGUACUUUGAAGAAUGUUUGGUACACUGGAAUACAGGAUAUAUUCCUUGUGAAUAACAGAAAGCUAUUAGUUCCAAGUCCGUUGCAGCGAGUACGAUUCAGAAGGUUCUACGGAUGCAUUGGCAAAAUAAUGGAGUCGCAACUGUUGUCAAUGUGCAAACACAGCUUAAAAGAUUUCAUGGACUUGAUCAUUCGCGGCCAGCCGAUUAAUUGCGAAUUUAAUGUGGACAUAGUCGUUAGAUCCAAAGAGCUCGCUUUCGAUCCAACCUUUGAAAAAUUUAAGGACGUCCUUUGCGGUAUCCUGGACGACGUAUGUCAAGCUGUUAGACGUUUCGACAAAUUAGAAACUCAGCUCUACUUGGAUUGGUCUGGUCCAGAGGAUUUGUUAAAACCACAGAUAGAGCAACCCAUAACGGAGAAACUGAAACUGGAUAUCAUUGACUUGAUUGAUCGCGAGAAACUCAUUCCAGAGCAGUUAUUAGUGGAAUUACAAAUAUACGAGCAUUUAUACAACGACGAGGAAUAUUAUACGGUAGAACAGUUCGUGAAAAACGAGACGAAGAAGUUGGAAGAUUACAAAAAGGAGAUGAAACGUUAUCACAAUCUUAUGCUGAAUUUCCCGGUCCAGGUCGAAAGGACAGCUUUCUCUGGAUUAUUCAAGGUAUCUCGACAGAUUUUCAUCGAGACGAUCGUUGAUAAUAUUUGUCGAAUAAAAUGUCUGCUCACGGACACGCUCGUCGAGAGGUAUCAGAACAUGUCCAUAAAAGUUGCAGAGGACUAUCGAGCUAUAUCCGACCGUGCCCUGAGCAUACCCGCCAAUACGGCCGAACUGAUGGAGCUUAAAAGCUUUAUCAAGACAACCAUAGAGGUCACUUUGAAGAAUCUGGAGCAGAAACUUUACGAAAUAAUCAGGCAUAUUCUUCUGUUGUCCGAUUAUCGAGUACUCGAGGAUAACGAAAUAGAUAGCAACAACGUGGCGUUUCAAUGGUACCACAAGAUUCCAGAAAUACUGGAGGAAAACGAAUCCAUCGUCGCGAAUAAGACAGUGGAGUUUCAGGAGGCCUUAAAAGUUAGGUAUAUUAGAUUCGAAGAGGAAUUGGAGUCUUAUGCCAAACAAAUAGAGGAGAUUCAAUAUUGGGGAGACAUCGCGGAGGUGUACAAGUAUCAGAGGAGAGCGCAAAAUUUAGAGAACCGACUGAUCACCGCCAUGGAGAAGAUCGAUAAGUUUAACGAAGAGGAAGCUGCGUUUGGUUGGGACAUAACGCAAUACCCACGCCGUAAGCAGAUCGCUGAUCAACUGAAGCCCUACAAGCAACUCUUUGAUGCAAUUUGCGAAUUUCUGACUAAACAGGAUAAGUGGCUAAACUCCAUGGUCGGCACUUACAAUCCCGAGGAUAUCGACAACGAUGUAGGACACGCUUACAGCGUUCAACCGCAUCUGAAGAAAUGUUUCGAGGGAAUACACAGGCUGAAGUUCAACAAAGACCUCGAGGUGCUGGCCAUGCUGUCCACAGAGGACGAAGAGGUUAAUCUGAUCGAGAUAAUAUCCACCUUGUCUGCGAGGGGGCAAGUGGAGAAAUGGCUGGUCGAACUGGAGGCAAUCAUGCGAAAAAGUAUACGGAACGAGGUGCUACAGGCGAUACUGGCAUAUCCAACCAAAUCGCGGAAUAUUUGGGUGCUGGAGUGGCCGGGCCAGACGAUUCUUUGCGUUGGCAAAACGUACUGGACCUCACGUAUAGAGGAAUCGAUGUUGUCCGGUGUGCAAGGUCUGAAGAACUACUUCGACCAGUGUCAGACAGAGCUGAACGAGGUCAUACUGCUGAUCAGGGGCAAAUUGUCCAAACAGAACCGCAUCACUUUGGAAGCUUUGGUCACGCUGGAUGUUCACGGGAAAGACGUGCUCGAGAAUCUUUACCUGGACGAGGUGAUCAAGAAUACCGAUUUCAGGUGGUUGUGCCAUUUACGCUACUACUGGCUGGAGGAGAAUAUGUGGGCUUACAUGAUAAACUCGCAGCAACGUUAUGGAUACGAGUACCUAGGUAACUCUUCCAGGCUGGUGAUAACACCUCUGACCGAUCGAUGCUACCGGACUCUGUUCGGUGCUCUGAGCCUUCACCUAGGCGGGGCCCCGGAAGGGCCAGCAGGGACUGGUAAAACGGAAACGACGAAGGACCUUGCUAAAGCGGUAGCCAAACAGUGCGUCGUCUUCAACUGUUCCGAGGGCCUGGAUUACCUUGCUUUAGGGAAAUUCUUCAAGGGAUUAGCAUCUUGCGGUGCCUGGUCCUGCUUCGACGAAUUCAAUCGUAUCGAUCUCGAGGUUCUCUCCGUGGUGGCGCAACAAAUUCUAACUAUCCAACGCGCGAUACACAGCGACGCCGAGAAGAUCAUGUUCGAGGGGACGGAAAUUUCUAUAGAUCCGACGUGCGCCAUUUUCAUCACGAUGAAUCCGGGUUACGCGGGAAGAUCCGAGCUGCCGGACAAUCUCAAGGCCCUAUUCCGUCCCGUGGCCAUGAUGGUGCCGGAUUACGCGCUGAUCGCCGAGAACACGCUGUAUUCUUACGGCUUUUAUAACGGUAGACCUUUAGCCGUGAAGAUCGUUACAGCUUACAGACUCUGCUCCGAGCAGCUGAGCAGUCAGCAUCAUUACGAUUACGGCAUGAGAGCCGUUAAAUCAGUCCUCGUCGCAGCUGGCAACCUGAAGCUCAGAUAUCCCGAGGAGUCCGAGGACAUUCUGAUGCUGAGGAGUAUACUAGACGUGAAUUUGCCCAAGUUUCUGGUUCACGACCUACCGCUUUUCGAAGGCAUUGCCUCGGACUUGUUUCCCGGCGUCGUUCUUCCUCCGCCAGAUUAUACUCACUUGAACGCGUGCACGAGGGAUGCAUGCGAGGCGGCCAACAUCCAGUGCACCGACUUCUUUUUGCAGAAGAUCCAGCAGAUCUACGAAAUGAUGAUCGUCAGGCACGGCUUCAUGAUCGUCGGCCUGCCGUUCGGCGGGAAAACCUCGGCUUACAGGAUGCUGGCUAAUUGUCUCGGCCUGCUGGAGGAUCGAAAGCUGAUGGACGAACAUCGGGUGGAGAUAACGGUUAUCAAUCCGAAGGCGAUCACCAUGGGCCAAUUAUACGGCCAGUUUGACCCGGCCUCGCACGAAUGGAGCGACGGUGUGCUCGCUGUCAGUUACAGAGCUUUCGCGACUUCCACCAAUCUGAAUAGGAAGUGGUUGGUCUUCGACGGACCGGUGGACGCCCUGUGGAUCGAGAAUAUGAACACUGUCCUGGACGACAAUAAAAAGCUGUGCCUGACCUCCGGGGAAAUUAUCCAGCUGGCGCCUACCACCAGCUUAAUUUUCGAGCCCAUGGACCUGGAGGUCGCAUCACCCGCCACCGUGUCAAGAUGUGGCAUGAUUUACAUGGAACCGGUCAGCUUGGGUUGGAAGCCGAUACUGCUCUCGUGGUUGAACACCUUGCCAUCCAGCUUCACCGAUCACAUUAAGAACCAUUUGCACGAUAUGUACACGAGGUUCUGCCCUCCGUUACUGCACCUGCUACGACGGGGAGUCAAGGAAUUAAUAACAAUGCCAGACGCCAAUUUGGUCAGAUCGGUGACGUACUUGUUCGACUGUUUCCUGGACGAUUACCACGACGAAAAGUAUCUCCAAACCAUAUCGGAUCUAGACAUGAGGGCACAAAUGGAGGGCUGUUUCUUCUUUUCCUGUAUCUGGGCGAUGGGCGGCACGUUAAUGGUGGACUCUCGCGAAUGGUUCAGUGAUCUCUUCAGAGCGUUAACGGAGAGGGAAUUUCCCGCUGAUGUCAGAGAACGUUUCAACAUUUCGGAGGAAACCACGGACCCAUCGAAACCGUAUGUGGUGAACUUGCCAUUAACGGGUUUGGUGUUCGAUUAUAAGUACAUCAAAGAGGGUAGAGGGAAAUGGAGGCCUUGGAUGGAGGAUUUGCAAGACGCUCCUGCGAUACCGAAAGACGUGCCAGUGAAUCAGAUAAUUGUCCCGACGAUCGAGACCGUUCGUUAUUUUCAUCUGUUCAAACUGCUGAUCUGCCAUCAGAAACCUGUCCUGCUGGUCGGGCCAACUGGUACCGGAAAGUCCGUGUACAUCAUGGAGUUUUUGUUAAAGAAGAACGAUCCGGAAACCUUUAAGCCUCUUUUCGUGAUAUUUUCCGCGCAAACUAGCGCUAACCAGACCCAGGAGAUCAUCAUGAACAAAUUGGACAGGCGAAAGAAGGGGCUGUAUGGAGCUCCGCCAGGAAAGCAUUGGGUGGUUUUCGUGGACGACGUUUCCAUGCCGCAGAAAGAAGAAUACGGCGCUCAACCGCCCAUAGAGCUGCUAAGACAGUGGCUGGACCACUGGACGUGGUAUGAUUUAAAGGAAGUGGCACCCAUACAUCUGGUGGACGUUCAGCUGGUUUGCGCAAUGGGUCCACCGGCCAGCGGACUGGAUGUUACGCCGCGAUUCAAAAGGCACUUUUUCACGCUGGGAAUUUCAGAGUUCUCCGACGACGUCCUCAACACCAUCUUUACAACCAUCGUUUCUUGGCACUUUAGCAACAAAGAAUUUCCGGAAUUUUUUUUCCCCAGCAUCGAGUAUAUCGUGAGCGGCACGCUGGACAUUUACAAGGAGACCAGGAAAUACCUUUUGCCAACACCAGCGAAAUGCCAUUACUUGUUUAACUUGCGAGACUUCGCGAGGGUGAUCCAGGGUGUGCUACUGUGCACCCCUGAGACCGUCACUGAGCCCGUACGGCUGAAGCGUCUAUGGGUACACGAAGUGCUGCGAGUUUAUGGCGAUCGAUUGGUAGACGAUCAUGACAUUAAAUGGCUCGUCGAGCAGAUACGAAAAACCAUGUCGGAAUAUAUGGAAAAGGAUCUGGACCACCUGUUCGAAGAUUUACUCACCGCGUCCGAACCUUAAUUUCUCGUUCCUAACUAUUUGGAUUAGGUGACAGAAACGGAGCUUCGAAAUCUGGUUUAUUGCGACUUCCACGAUCCACUAGCGGACAAGAAGCUGUACGUCGAAGUGGCGGAUUUGGAUUACCUCGCGGUCGUAGCCGAAGAAUAUCUCGAAGAGUAUAAUUCGAUUUCGAGGACUCCGAUGACUCUUGUCUUGUUCAGGUUCGCCGUGGAGCAUCUGUCAAAGAUCACUCGUAUAAUGAUGCAGCCCCGGAGUCACGCGCUGUUAAUCGGAGUAGGUGGUUCAGGACGUCAGUCGUUGACGAAAUUGGCAGCACAUAUCUCGGAUUACGAGUUGUUCCAGGUGGAAAUGUCUCAACAGUAUGGACGUUACGAAUGGCACGAGGAUGUGAAAGAUAUAUUAAGAAAGAGCGCGGCGAGCGAGCUGCACACCGUCUUCAUGUUCUUGGAUACACAGAUUAAAGAGGAAACCUUCCUCGAGGACAUCAGCAAUCUGCUAAACUCCGGAGAAGUGCCGAAUAUAUUCGCCGCUGACGAGAUCUCGGAUAUCUGCGAGAAGAUGAGAGUGAUCGAUCGUCAGAGGGACAGAUCCCUGCAGACCGAUGGAAGUCCCGUGGCCUUGUUCAAUUUCUUCGUGCAGACUGUCCGUGAGCACUUGCACGUGGUGGUCACUAUGUCGCCUAUCGGCGAAAAUUUCCGUGUCAGGAUACGAAAAUUCCCCGCGCUGGUGAACUGCUGCACGAUAGACUGGCUGCAACCUUGGCCCGAGGACGCGUUAGUCGCCGUGGCGACUAAAUUCCUGGACGAGGUGGAGCUAACAGAGAAGGAACGAGCCGCCUGCAUAGAGAUGUGCCAAUUCUUCCACGUAUCCACGCAGGACUUGUCGCAGGAGUUCCUGAAGAAGACGAAGCGGCACAACUACGUUACUCCGACCUCGUACCUGGAGCUCAUCAACACUUUCAAGGAUCUGCUGGCGAAAAAAAGGAAGGAGGCGGUCGAUGGGAAGAGGAGGUACGAGGCAGGCUUGGAAAAGUUGGAUAGUACUCAUAGGCAAGUGGAGAAGAUGCAAGAGAUUUUAGUCGCGCUACAACCGAAGCUCCUCGUCGCCGCUAAGGACGUGGAAGCCAUGUUUCUCGACGUUCAAAAGGAAAGCGACGAGGCGGCUGCCAUGGAGCAAGUAGUGAAGGUGGACGAGGAGGCCGCUAAGGUCGUUGCGGACCAAGCCGAGGCCAUUCGUCUGGAAUGCGACGCCGAUCUGCAGGAAGUGAUGCCUAUAUUAAACGCGGCCAACGAUGCCUUGAACACCCUGACUCCACAGGAUAUUCAAAUAGUGAGAUCCAUGAAACGACCACCAGCCGGUGUUCGGUUAGUGAUGGAAGCAGUUUGCAUUCUGAAGGACGUAAAACCGGAGAAGGUCAAAACCGAGGAGGGAACCGUCGAUGACUACUGGAAGCCAUCUCUUCGCAUGUUGAGCGACAUGAAGUUCCUCGAAUCGCUGUUAAACUACGACAAGGACAACAUUCCCGAGAGGAUCAUGACAAAAAUCCGUACCGCUAUUCUGACAAAUCCAAACUUCGACCCAGAGAGAAUCAGAAACGUGUCCACUGCCUGCGAAGGUCUGUGCAGAUGGGUGUUCGCGCUCUCGGAGUACGACAAAGUAGCGAAGAUCGUGGCCCCGAAGAAGCAAGCCCUGGCACAGGCAGAGGCCGACUACAGCGAGGCUAUGACGCAGUUGAACUUGAAGAGAAGUCAGCUUCAAGAGGUGAGGGACAGGUUGGCCAAGCUGGAGGAGCUGUUGGAUCAACGUAGGGCGGAGUAUCAGGCGAUGACGGAUGAAGUGAACGAGUGCGAGGCGAAAUUAAGAAGGGCCAGAGAGCUGAUUGGCGGCUUGGGUGGAGAGUACACCAGAUGGUCCGAUACCGCGAAAGAGCUGGGCGAGCGUUAUUACAAACUGACAGGAGACAUUCUCAUCGGUUCUGGCAUCGUGGCCUAUUUGGGGGUGUUCACCACUCAGUACAGGCAGCAGCAGACUGACAAUUGGGUGCAGAUCUGCACCGAUUUGGAAAUAGUUUGCACGAAGGACUAUCAGCUUACUCAGAUCCUAGGCGAUCCUGUGCUGAUACGCUCGUGGAACAUCUUUGGCCUGCCUACCGAUUUGUUCUCGAUAGAUAACGGGAUAAUUGUCACGAACUCUCGACGAUGGCCUCUGAUGAUCGACCCUCAGGGCCAGGCUAACAAGUGGGUGAAGAAUAUGGAGAAGGAGAACAAUAUCAACGUGAUCAGACUGUCGCAGACCGAUUACAUGAGAGUCUUGGAGAAUGCCAUCCAGUUUGGACAACCGGUUCUAUUGGAGAACGUCGGCGAGGAGCUCGAUGCAGCUCUGGAACCGCUUCUGAUGAAGCAAACCUUCAGAGCAGGUGGCACGCUGUGCAUCAAGGUUGGAGACUCCAUCAUCGAGUACUCGGAUAGCUUUCGGUUUUACAUCACGACCAAAUUGCGAAAUCCUCAUUACCUACCCGAAGUAGCAGUGAAGGUAACGUUACUAAAUUUCAUGAUCACGCCGAUGGGACUGGAAGAUCAGCUACUGGGUAUCGUGGUAGCCAAAGAACGGCCAGACUUGGAGGCCGAGAAGAACCAACUGAUCGUUCAAGGAGCUGCCAAUAAGAAGAAACUGAAGGAGAUCGAAGACCAAAUUCUGGAGGUGCUCUCGACCGCGGAAGGGAAUAUCCUGGAGGACGAAACUGCGAUCAGCGUGCUCAGUUCGUCCAAGAACCUCUCCGACGAGAUCAUCGUGAAGCAAACCGCUGCCGAGGUCACGGAAAAAUCCAUCGACGCCGCGAGAUUAGAGUACACGCCCAUAGCGACUUAUAGCACUGUCCUGUUCUUCACUAUCGCCGUUUUAGCGAACAUCGAUCCAAUGUAUCAGUACUCGUUGGUCUGGUUCGUGAAUCUCUUUAAGAACACCAUCGACAACACGGAAACGGUGGAAGACAUUCAGCAACGACUGAAGGAUCUCACGAAGCACUUCACACACUCCCUCUACGUGAACAUAUGUCGAUCGUUAUUCGAGAAGGACAAGCUUUUAUUCUCGCUGCUGCUUUCAGUGAACCUGCUGAAUAAGCAGGGAAAAGUCUCGAUGCCCCAAUGGAUGUUUCUGUUGACCGGCGGCGUUGGCCUUGAGAAUCCUUUCGCAAACCCCACGCAAUGGCUACCCUCGAAAUCCUGGGACGAAUUGUGUCGUUUGGACGGUAUACCAGGCUUCGAGGGAUUCAAAGACUCGUUCGAGAAAAACCUAGACGCUUGGAAGACCGUCUUUGAUCAUAUGGAGCCGCACACUUUAACGUUCCCCGCGCCUUACAACGAGCUCGCCCCUUUUGAGAGAAUGCUCGUGCUGCGAUGUAUUCGUCCUGACAAAGUCAUGCCGGGCGUCCAGCAAUUUGUGGAAGAGCAACUGGGCCGUCAGUACAUCGAGCCGCCGCCCUUCGACCUGGUAUCGUCGUUCGCGGAUUCGUAUUCCUGCAUUCCCCUCAUAUUCGUGCUGACGCCUGGCGCGGAUCCCAUGGCGAUUCUACUGAAAUUCGCCGACGAUCAGGGUUUCGGCACCAACCGACUGUUCUCCCUGUCUUUGGGUCAAGGACAAGGAGUUAUCGCCGCCCAGCUUAUCGACGAGGGAGUGAAAAAUGGCACCUGGGUGGUUCUGCAGAAUUGUCACCUUGCCAAGAGCUUUAUGCCGCUAUUGGAGAAGAUCUGCGAGAGCUUCACUCCGGAAACCGUGCACCCAGACUUUCGAUUAUGGCUGACCAGCUACCCCGUGGACCAUUUCCCAGUCAGCGUUCUUCAGAACGGGGUUAAAAUGACCAACGAACCACCGAAAGGACUCAGGGCGAAUAUAAUCAGGUCCUUUUUACAGGACCCGAUAUGCGACGAGGAGUUCUUCGAAACGUCCAAACAAUCGCAGGUGUUCAAGAAGCUACUAUUUUCUCUGUGUUUCUUCCACGCGAUCGUGCAGGAACGCAGAAAGUUCGGGCCGAUCGGUUGGAAUAAUCAAUACGAGUUCAACGAGACCGAUCUGCGGAUCAGUGCGUUGCAGCUGAAGAUUUUCUUGGACCAGUACGACGACGUUCAGUUCACUGCCUUAAAAUAUUUGACAGGCGAGUGCAACUAUGGCGGCCGAGUGACAGACGAGUGGGACAGAAGAACUUUGACCACGAUCCUCGAAAGAUUCUACUGCGUGGGUGUGAUCGCUGAGAAGAAAUACCUGUUCGACCCCAGUGGCAUAUACUACGUGCCGGAAGUCAGCCAGCAUAGCGAAUUUCUCGAUUACGUUUGGUCUCUGCCAAUGGCUACCGCGCCUAGCGUCUUCGGGAUGAACGAGAACGCAGACAUCAUCAAGGAUCAGCAGGAGACUACCUUGAUGCUGUCGUCUAUAUUGGCCACGCAGGACACCGGAGAAACGGAAACAGACGUAGGAAAAUCACCCGACGAGAUCGUCUACGGUGUAGCGUCUGAUAUUCUGUCAAAGUUGCCCGACGACUUCGAUCUGGCGGAUGCACUCGAGAAAUACCCGACGUUAUAUAAUCAAAGCAUGAACACGGUGCUGGUCCAGGAAAUGGGAAGAUUCAACAAGCUUCUGCAAACGAUCAGGAAUAGCCUCAUAAAUGUUCAGAAAGCGAUCAAAGGUCUGGUGAUCAUGAACCCGGACCUCGAGGAGGUCUACGUAUCGAUAAUUACUGGAAAGAUACCGAAGAUGUGGAUGACGAACUCUUAUCCGUCGUUGAAGCCGCUCGGCAGCUACGUUCAGGAUUUCUUAAAGAGGCUAGCUUUCCUUCAGCUAUGGUACGACGAGGGUGCACCAUCGACCUUUUGGAUCUCGGGUUUCUACUUCACUCAAGCGUUUCUCACGGGUGCACGUCAAAACUACGCGAGAAAGUACUCGAUACCGAUAGAUCUGCUCGUGUACGAUUUCAUCCCUUUGAAGGGAACCGAUUUCCCGGAGCCUCCAGCCGACGGCGUUUACGUGCACGGUCUGUUCCUCGACGGGGCACGUUUCAAUAGGACGACGAUGAAGCUCGACGAGUCGUUGCCGAAAAUUUUGUACGACGUGGUUCCUUACAUUUGGCUGAUACCGAUGAAGAAGGACGAUGUGCCGGAGAGGCACACGUACACCUGCCCCGUGUACAAAACCACAGAGAGAAAAGGUGUUCUGUCUACGACCGGCCACUCGACCAACUUCGUAAUCGCCAUAUGGCUCCCGACGGACCAUUCGCCCGAGCACUGGAUCCUGCGAGGCGUAGCCAUGAUCUGCCAAUUGUCCGAUUAA